AGUGUGGUUUUUAGCCGGUGGACGUGUCUUGCACGAACAACGAAUUGGUUAUUCAGUGUUGUUCAUUGUUGCUGUUUGGGUUUAACUAAUAUACUGUAAAUGUAUGAAAAUAGUCGUAGCUUUUCGUUGAUUUCCUUAUAUACUCUUUAAAUUAACAUUUCCUGUUGUUUUCUACACGAUGAAUACGGUAUUUGCUAUUGCUUUAGUUUUUAUCGGCUGUUGCAGCAAUGUGGUGUUUUUGGAACUUUUAGUAAGGGAUUUUCCAGGAUGUGGAAACAUUGUGACAUUUGCACAAUUUGCAUUCAUUGCUUUAGAAGGUUUUAUCUUCGAAAAUAAUUUUGGAAGGAAGAAACCAGCUAUCCCAAUUAGAAACUAUAUAAUAAUGGUGACCAUGUUCUUCACUGUAAGUGUGAUCAAUAACUAUGCACUUAACUUCAACAUCGCAAUGCCACUGCACAUGAUAUUCAGAUCUGGAUCCCUAAUCGCAAAUAUGAUCCUAGGUAUUAUUAUAUUGAAGAAAAGGUACUCAGUUACUAAAUACAUCUCUAUAUCUCUUGUCUCACUGGGGAUUUUUAUUUGCACUCUCAUGUCAGCCAAGCAAGUGGCUUCACACCCAAACUCCAGUGAAGAGGAGGGUUUCUAUGCCUUUCUGCAUUGGCUUUUCGGUAUUGCGAUGCUGACUUUUGCACUUCUCAUGUCUGCUCGAAUGGGCAUCUUUCAGGAGACUCUUUAUAAGCAGUAUGGCAAGCACUCCAAAGAAGCGCUGUUUUACAAUCACUGCCUUCCUCUGCCUGGUUUUCUCCUGCUGGGAGCUAAUAUCUACAACCAUGCUGUGCUGUUCAGCCAAAGCGCUCCCGUUGAAAUCCCUGUGAUUGGAAUAGUAGCUCCUGUAAUGUGGAUAUAUCUUUUAAUGAAUGUGGUAACACAAUAUAUCUGUAUUCGAGGUGUAUUUAUUCUCACGACUGAGUGCACCUCUCUCACAGUCACACUGGUUGUUACCCUCCGUAAAUUCAUCAGUCUCAUCAUCUCGAUAAUAUAUUUCAGAAAUCCAUUCACAGCCUGGCACUGGAUUGGAACUGUAGUAGUCUUCAUUGGGACACUGAUGUACACAGAAGUGUGGAACAGUGUCAGGACUCUUCUCCAUGGUGAAAAGAAAGACGUGAAAAAGGAAUAAGAUAUUGUGGAAUUACUCCCAACUGUAGCAUUUCUGUUGUUCUGUGUACUUAAAAUACUUUUCUGCUAAGUAAAUAUACAUUUUUAAGUUGAAUUUAAGUUGACAUGAAAUUUUUGAUGAAAAAUGGAAUCACAACCAAUACCUUCCUUCCUAGAUAUGUUUACACUUACAUAGUUAAAAGUAAAGUUUUUUCAAAUAGGUGACGUUUUUAAUUCUGAUUUCUUCAUUUGAGGAUUGCAAGAGGAGCACUGUAAUAUUUGGUACAAAAUAGAAAGGAUUGUUUAGGUUGCCCCUCUCUUUAUUCUACAGAAGCUAAAAGUAAAUGAUAAAGAUGCCAUUGAUACCAGGUAUGUCUGAUAACUUGUUAAGCUUAUAUCUGGUAUUAGGAGUGCUUCUGCACAGAGAAUUCCUUUCAAGUUAUUGAUGACCAGCAAGGGUAAGGAAUGGCACCACCAGGUGGACAAGACGGCAGUUCAGCCAUUUCAAAGUGCUUGGCCUCUCACUCAUUCCUGCUUCCCUCAGGAGCAAUGGAGGCCAGUCUGGGGUCAUAUCUUGUUUUGCUUUCAGCUAUAAUCCGAUCCUUCCCCUUCUCCUGUAUUAUGCUUGCAAAAGUAAAGCUUUCAGCGUGGAAGUGUGGAUGUUGUUGGAAUUUACUUUGGUGUUUUUAAACUCCCCCACCCCCCUUUUUUCUGUAGGGGAUGGUAAGUGCAGUAAUUUAUUUGCUAGAGGCAAUCUUUCCUUCAGAAUCUUUUUUCCCUUUUUCAUGUUUUUUUUGUAUUACCCUAAGCCCUCUUUUCGUCUCUGCUUUCCCACAUUCUCCAUGUUUUGUGUGUGGACUGCUGUUAUGUUCUGCUGUCUUUUUUUCCUGCUAGUUAUAAUAUCAUACCAGUGAGCGACAGUCGCAGUGGAGUUCUGAGGAAUGUAGCUCUCACCCUGCAGCACUGGGCUUCCAUCCCUUUCAGAUGGUCUCCCUUUCUCAGUGCUCAGUUCACCCCGGGUGUCCAGGCGCAUUCUAGCUCUAUCAGCAAGGGAUCACGAUGUCCUCCAUGUAAGUCAGUGGAGCUGAAAGUAUUUUACCCCUCUUUUUUGUUCUGAAGAAGAUUAAAGGUUUACUGUCUGUUGUGCAGGUAUUAAGCUGCUAGAUACAAACAGCCAGACAAGCUGCUUGUGCUGUAUGUCAGGAAGUUCAGACCUGAAGCUAACCCUUUUCAAAACAGAGGCUGUUGCAUUUGACUGGCCAUGCAGUAGUCUGCAUUCACAUAAUGGCUAGCCUCAACUAAAUAAGGGAGGUCACUGUCUACUCUGUGGGAGGUUUAGAAAGAGGGCCCAUGAUAUUGGUUACACCUGUACAUCUCUGCACUGUAGUCGAUGUCAGGUACGACUGCAUACUUUGACAAGGUCCCGCCUCCUGAAUGUGUGAAGUUUAUUAACUGCCUCUCUUGGUGUUAGUGUCCUCAAGGUUGUAUAAGAAUUUUAUUCUGUUAACUAGCAAGGUUGUUCCUUAACUCUUCACUGUCAAGUAUUUUUUGCUUUCUUAUGUCUUCUGUGGUCCUCUAUGACUUUAAAGGAAAUGCUAAGCUGUGUAAGUUACCCUGAUUCCCUGAAAGAUAAGACAACCAUUGAUGAACAUGAUGGUUGUGUAGAACAAGGAGACAUGACACUGGACGGAUACUAAAGAGGGAAGUGGUACAACACAUUCUGCCCUGACUAAAUUCCACAACAUAUUUGCACAGUGUAGCCCUGCCUAAAUUGCACCCUUAAUUCAGCUGUUGAGAACUAACUUCUCUGCCUAAUCUACUGUGUGUAGUAUGACCGUUGGGUAAAAUUGGCAGGUUAUGCAACACUAAGGUGGAUGCUGCAUAUCGGUAGGGGUUUAAGUGGUGCUUCUCCUACAUGUGUAGUGUUUUGGGACCCAGAAGUGUCUGAUGGGACAUAUUUAGUGCUCAGCAAAUCUAGCCAUCUAGUGCAGUACAUCACUAAACUGUAUGGUCAUCUCCUCUUCUGGGAAACCAGGUUUCAUGUUUUUAACUUAAAUGUUUUACAACAGCUCAUACAGAUUUGUAAUACAUUAGAGUCAUACAUUUGCAUUGUUUUCAUGCAGAUAGUGCCAGCAUUCCAAGGAAGCAGUUUGUUCAUUCUACUGCCACUUGAGUUAUAACUUUUAAUGACUUUUAAUUUGGACAGUUAAAUUACAAAGUGAAAAAGUCAAGCUGUUGUACUUGAAAUUGCAGAUACAGUAUACUAUAAUCCCUUUUAGAGCUAUUUAUACUUUACACAGACAUUUAGAAAUUGACCCUUGAUCAUAUUUCUUAGAACAUUAUUUUUUAUAAGCAGUAAUUUACUUUUGUAAAGCACUGAAGGAUUCUUAGGAGAUGUAUUGUAAUCAAGACAUCUUACCUUCCAUUUAAUUAACUAUUGGUAAGUGAAAUUUGCAAAAUUUCAAAAUUGUAAAAACAAGAAAAAAUGAACUACUACAGGAUGUUUUUAAAGUAAGCCACAUAUUAACCAAGGACUCGAGUGGGGUGGUUAACAUUUUUAAAACCUUUAUAGAGACCUACACAGAUUUUAAUUAAAAAUAGAAAUGUGAUUUUUUGUGUUUUUAGUAGAAUUUCAGUUCUUAAGAUGUAUUUUCUGAUACAUCUGUAAUUGUCUACUUUUAUGAGCCAAGCUUCCUAGACUGUUUUCAUAAAACUAGCAAUAUUUAAGAAAACACUUCAUCAUAAUUUUCUCAUACAUUAUAUUCUGCUGCUUUGUUUCUCAAAAAUUCACAUUUUAGGGGGAAUUCUUUUAUGUUGGGACUUACGGAAUUACAAGGAAUUGGUAUAUGUAGUAAAAUGUUGGGCACUUGGGAAAAGAAUGCACCAUUUUGCCAUUUCACUGUGUGGUCUAACUCAUUUAUGGCAAGAUGUUUUUUUACAUAAUCUACAGUUCUAAAGAACUUUGCAUAGCAGAAAAACACUUUUUGAUACUUGUUUUCAUCACAUUAUAUAAAAUAUAAUUGCUGAUAUAAAAAUGUACUGUAGCUUGGUAGAAAAAAUAAAAUUGCCACAGCUGGGUUUGCUCUGUGCAUUUUGUGAGACAGCAAAGGUGUCUCCCUGUGUGUUUCUGCCCAUUUAGUCCAUUUCUCGGGAGUAUAACAAUGCUCUGUUAGUAUCUCCCACAUAACGUUAGUGAAGUUAAGGGUGAAGGACUGGGGAGGUUUGUGCAUGGGUUUUGAAAACCUCUAUGUUCUGUGUCACUGGAGACAUUCACUAGAAUAGUUUUUGUUUUGAGGAAUAAAAAAGGCACCAGGAAUCAUAAAAGAUUCUAGAAACAUUUCUAGUAAAUGUUGAAAUUACCCCUAAAUAAUUACCAUCAUAUAUUUUGGGAAUUGUUUAAUGUAUGUUUGCAGAAUUCUCAUUCCUGCUUAGUGUUUUAUAUGUGAAGUCUACCUAUUAUAGAUGAUGAGAGUAUUGGAAAACAGUUACAUUAUCCUAAUACCUAGACCUUGUAACCCUCAAACAUGAGAUGGGUUUGAGCUAGAGUGUAUUUUGGAUGUAUUUUAUACUAGAUAUAAAUAAAAUUGCUAAUAGUUGUGCAGUUAUCAAAUAUAUAAGUACAAGUAUAGGUUUAGAAUUGUACAGUAGACACUGCUUUUCUUUGUGUCUUAGCAUUAUUUUGUAAUUGUAACGCCUAUAAAUUAAAAACUUUACAUAAUAUAAACAGUAUGUUAUAUUAAUAUAGUGAAUUAUGUGUUAAUAUAAUUCCAAAGAGCAUUUACAUGGAAUACAUUUUACUGACAGUUUCAGUAAUUGUGAAUGAUUAUAAAAAAAGUACUGUAUUAGAAUUUUUUUUUAAAAAGCUAAUAUUCCAAGCACCUACAGAACGAUUUACCACAAGGUUGUCCAUUCCUAGUUCUGGAUUCUUUAGCCAGGAGAGCUGGUGGUUCUCCAGGAUUUCAUUCUGACCCAGCUCGUAAUAACUUAGGUCAGGCCAUUACUGGCUCAAGGGGACUAACUUAACAAACUCUUCCAUCUCUGUUGGGUGCUGCUACUUUAAAGAGACACUACAUAUACAUUGGUCCUCAGGACCAGGAUUGGACAGCCCUGUCUAGAACUUGGUUAGUUCUGUAUGCUAAGGUAUUUUUUUUAAUUCAAGUACACAUUUCUGGCAUUUGAACAUAAAUGAUGUGAUCAUUGUUUCAUAGGGCUUUUUAGUUAUAUUUUAGGGCUGAUCUCUCAGGAAGCAGGCUGGUUCUGCUACUUGAUUAAAGCUCACACUGUAUCAAGGGGAUACAGAGCUUGCAUAUGUUUGAGAAAUGUGAAUUGUCAUAUGGUCUCAAACUAAAUGUGUAAUUUAUACA